UUAGCUCCUUCUGACUAGCUAGGCUCGUCUGUUUUCACAAAUCUGGCGGAGCAAGCGAGGGGGUGGCACAGUUGAGCUAAGAACCUUCAGUAAACCGCCAUUUUUCUGAAUGUCGACGGGGGCAAAAGGUGCCCACCGGAGCUGAAUUUCCACUUAGAGCUUUUCAGAGGAAAUGCGAUUAUGCAAGUAUGCCUACCGAGUAGCAGAUGUUUCCCAGUUAACCCUUCUUAUCCCUGAUCUCCCUGAUCCCAACACCCGCCGACUUCAGAGAGAAGAUCCCCUUCUUAUCAUGAUGUUUUCAGGCCACAUACCUUGACAGGUCUGGUUCUUUGCGAUGCAUGGCCUGCUCCAGCAGCAUUGCAUCGGUCUCAAAGACAAUCCGGAUGACGCCAGGCUGCACUGCUAAAUCGAAGGCUUGAGACAUAUAGCCUGUUGUUCAGUAGCAAACGCACCGGCCACAUUUGCUGUCCGACCAGCUUUGCAUGCGACCACUUCACCUGCAUGGUCCUGAACUAGCACGCCCCAGGCUGCAUGCUCCUGACCUUCAGUGUAGGCACCAUCGAUGUUUAGCUUCAGCGUCCCCUCCCCGGUAUCGGCGGCAUCCAUUUAGUUACAUGCCAUGGCGACUUGGUUCAUUCCGGACGCACAAUUCCCUUAAAUUCAACCAUAUCGAUGACGGCGCGGUGCGCAACCGCCUCCGGAGCCCAUGAUUCAGACCGUGUGUGCUGCCCGACUUUUGCAUCAAAAAGGUUCAGCAACACAUCUGGUUCAAGAGUAUCAUCAGUUUCGUAUAAUUUCUUGAAAAAAUUCUGUUGCCAUUUCCGCAAUCUUCUUCUUUUCCUGAACCCAAUCCCCCUCUGCAUCUUUUAGUUUGCCUAAUCUUAUUUUUCCUUUGUCGACAUGUUGCUUUUCGUUGAAAAUACAUAUGGUGAUUUGUUCCCCCUCUCUGAUAGUAGUGACUCGAGAGCGUUGACGCCAUAGCAUCUUCUCUUCUCCGUACAGAUAUUUCAUCCAACUCCUUUGAGCAUUUCUGGAUUAGCUCAUCUCGCCGGCGUCCGACAAAUCAUCCAGUCGCUGCCUUAGCUUCUGAACUUUGAACCAGACUUCUGCCUUAACCUCUGAACUCUGAACCAGGGGGGUUUACCCUGAUUCUUCAGUUCAGUUUAGUUGGGACACCCUAUUCCUAGUUUUGCUAACAGGUGUGCUGCUACAUUGACCGAAUAGCAGAGCUAGAGAAGCACAGGCGUGCUGCCUGCAUCUUGAAAUCUUCAAUAGGCACCGCAUACCUUGACAGGUCUGGUUCUUCGCGAUUCAUGGCCUGCUCCAGCAGCAUUGCAUCGGUCUCGACGACAACCCGGAUGGCGCCCGGCUGCACUGCUAAAUUGAAGGCUUGAAACAUAUAGCCUCUAGUUCGGUACACCUGUGCUUCUCUGAACUCUGCCUUAACCUCUGAACUCUGAACCAGGGGGGUUUUACCCUGAUCCUUCAGUUCAGUUUAGUUGAGACACCCAAUUCCUCUGUCCAUGAUCUGAAAUCUCUCCUUCAGUUAAGUUGAGACACCCAAUUCCUCUGCCCCUGAUCUGAAAUCUCUUCUUCAGUUAAGUUGAGACACCCAAUUCCUCUGCCCCUCGUAUGAAAUUUCUUCUUCAGUUAAGUUGAGUCACCCAAUUCCUCUGUCCCUCGUCUGAAAUUUCUUCUUCAGUUAAGUUGAGACACCCAAUUCCUCUGUCCCUCGUCUGAAAUUUCUUCUUCAGUUAGACACAGAGAUUGAAUUUCUUUGCUUCCCUCCCGCAACAGCAACCGCAACCGCAACCGCCCGCCUCCCUCCUCCUCCCCCCUUCAAAUACCCGCUCCGCCGGGCCGCCCAAACCCACGGCAACCAAACCAACCCGACCCGAUCAAGAAAAUGGAGGGAAGCGACGAAGAGAGUCAGGCGCCCGCCGCUCCAGGCCCCCUGCCGCUGCCGCCUCCAGGGCCCCUGCCGCCGCCGGCGACGGACGAGGGCCACCUUGAGCUCCUCGGGGUGCUCCGCCUUCGGGUGAGGGGUCUCGCCCCAUGGAUGCUGCCCCCGUACUUCCUCUUCAACGUGGACAUCUACAACUACCAUCCGCGAGAGCUUCUUGCGGCAUACCCGUCUGCGACCGCCGCGGAUGGGAGCUCUGCCCUCUACUUCGUCAACCUCGUCCGCCCCAAGACUGCAACAGACUCGAGAAAGAAGAGAGCCGUCCCCGGGGGCACGUGGAAAUCCGAGCGGUCCCCGCUGCCGCUAGUCUCGGAGGCCAUCCAGGGAGCCCGGCAGACUUUCUCGUUCACCGUGUUGGGCGCGAAGGGCGAGGAAAUCCGGCAGGGGUACAUUAUGCAGGAGCUCACCCUUGCCGGGGACGAAGGCAAGCUCGACGGCGGCGCCGACAUGGCCGUAUCCAAGAUAUACCCGAGCCCCCGCGGAGACAAGGCCAAGCGGAAAGCCAAACCCGUCCGCGUGUCGUCAAGAAAGAAGCGGAAGGCCCUUGAGGCGUCCGCCGCCGCCUCCUUCUCCUCCGCGCCGGCUCUCGGGCUCGGGAUCUCCAGUCCGGCCCCUCCUCUCCGCCUGGGGGCCUCGACCUCCUUGGCGCCACCUCUCGGCGAGGGCGCCGCGUCGACCUCCUCCGCGCCUCAUCUCGGGCAGGGCGCCGCGUCGACCUCCUCCGCGUCUCAUCUCGGGCAGGGCGCCGCGUCGACCUCCUCCGCGUCUCAUCUCGGCCAGGGCGCCGCGUCGAUCUCCUCCGCGUCUCAUCUCGGCCAGGCCGCUGCUCCGAGCCACGCCAGGCGGUUACUCAUUCUGGAGCUAGAUGGCUUUUCGCCGGUGGGGCAGGAUUUCUUGCCUCAGAACAUUUUGAGGGCUUCGGAGGUGAUUGGUAGAAGAAGGGUGCCUGUUGACUGCGACGACGUUGUUCUGCUGCAGAAGAAGAAGAAGCUACCAGCAGGUGGCUAUUAAGAUUCUCGACCCUGAUGUGCUGAGUUGAAGAAGAAUGCAGUAAAGCAGCUCAAGUUGACCACAGCAGGGAAGAUACAUAGGAGGAACUAGUGUGUGAUCGAGAACAUACCCCACUCCCAUUCUGGUGCUGGAGAGGGAAAGUUUUGUUUGUAGAUAGAUAGAGUAGGUGGGAAUCCCUGUGUCCCUGGAUUGGCUUGUCAUAUGUGGUCAGGAUACUUCCUCUUUUGAUUUGUUCAAAUGUUAUGCGGGCACUACAAUUGAGUGAUUUGAGUAACGUCGAAGGGAAUUUCUGAA